GAUAGUGCUCCUCUUGAUUUGGAGCAAAUCGGCCAGAUGGAGUACGUUGCAAGAGAUAUGAUAUGGUUAUGUCGAUUGAUAAAAGUAUAUAUAUCAAAAAAAGAAGAAAGAACAUGUAAAUCAAAAAGAAGUUUUUGGAAAUCUGUGAAAGUUGAAAAAUUUUUGUGA